AUGGCCACUGUCAACAUUCGUCGGGAUGUCUCCGAUCCCUUCUACCGUUACAAGAUGGAGCGCCUCCAGUCCAAGAUCGAGGGCAAGGGCAACGGUAUCAAGACCGUUGUUGUCAACUUGAACUCGGUCGCUCAGUCGCUCAGUCGCCCUCCGUCUUACGUGAUCAAGUACUUUGGCUUUGAGCUGGGUGCUCAGGCCAACGCCAAGCCCACUGAUGAUCGCUGGAUCAUUAACGGUGCCCAUGAUGCCCCCAAGCUUCAGGACUAUCUGGACGGCUUUAUCUCCAAGUUCGUGCUGUGCAAGAAAUGCAAGAAUCCGGAAACGGAUGUCAUCAUCAAGGACGAAAAGAUCUUUUUGGACUGCAAGGCCUGUGGACAGCGCUCCGAGGUCGACUCCCGUCUGAAACUGAGCACCUUUAUCAUCCGCAACGGCGCGCAAGGCAAGGGAGGGAAGAAGGACAAGGCCUCGAAGAAGGCCCGUCGUGAUCGAAACAAGGAUAAGAAUGACACCGCGAAUGGCGACAAGGAUGGCAGCCCCGGAGAUAGCAACAACUCCGAGAACGGUGAUGAGGAGAACGAUGUCGCCCUGGAAGCAGGCAGCGAUGACGAACUCACUCGCCGUAUCAAGGCCGGUGCCAAGGACAUCGAGGCCGAGGAGAUCGAUGAUGAUGAGUGGGCCGUUGACGUGUCGGAGGAGGCCGUCAAGGCUCGUGCUAAGGAGCUCCCCGAUGAUCUCAAGCGCUCUUUGGUUCUCGAGGAUGGCGACGACGAGGGUGCCGAUGGCCCCUCUGCCUACGAUGAGCUUGGCAGCUGGAUUCUCAACGCCGCUUCUGAGAAGGGCGGUGUCACCGCUGUUAGCGACGUCGACAUCUACAUGAAGGCCAAGGAGUAUGGCAUUGAGAACAAGCACAAGACCCUUGCUGUUCUGGCCCAGACCAUCUUCGAUGAGAAGAUCGCCAAGCAGGUUCCUGCCCGUGCUGCCCUGCUGAAGAAGAUGAUCACCUCCGAGCGCCACGAGAAGGCCUUCCUGGGUGGAACCGAGCGCUUCGUUGGCAAGGAUCACCCUGAGCUGAUCGGCCAGGUCCCCGCUGUCCUGCUCAAGUACUACGAGCACGACCUCGUCUCUGAGGAGACCCUCAAGGCCUGGGGUUCCAAGGCUAGCAAGAAGUACGUCGACAUCUCGACCAGCAAGAAGGUCCGCAAGGCUGCCGAACCCUUCCUCGAAUGGCUCGAGAACGCCGAGAGUGAGGAAGAGAGCGAUGAGGACAGCGAGUAG